AAGAUGAUGGCUACUCUCAGAAUCGCUUUGAGACGAUUAAGCCUCAAGCGGAAAUAUUUCCUAACUAAAGCCAAACACUUCUGGUCCAAGGGACCCGCCAGCAAUAGCUUCGGGAUGUUAAACGUACUGCUACUCUGCGCUGGUAUUCGAACCCAACUGGCAGUCGGUUGGACCUGGGAACGUCCCGUUCGAUAUUUGGUGCAUCUGAUUUCGGCCUAUCAUUCGGUUGUGAUAAUCCUGCAAGCGGCUCAUGUGAUCGCGGAUAAGAACGAUGUCAUGGAGGCUGCUUUUUGUCUCAUAAAGAUUGUCGGGGUGGUUUCGGCAUACAUCAAAAUUCUCCUGCUGACUUAUCAUGCCAACUCGAUUGACGAGGUAGAACUGUUCAUCAGGAGUCAACCCAUGAACUCCGGCAAUGAGGAGUACGAUUCACGGGUUCGAGGAAAAUUCUUGCGCUUGACGUUGGUGGUGAUUCGAUAUGUGUUUGGAGUGUUGAUCGUGGACGAAAUAUUGUUUGCUUUCCCAAACUCUCAGCGGAACAAACUGUUCAAGUUGCCACCUGUCAUGUCGUCGCUUGGAUCGGGUAUAACAGCAUGGUUGGCUAACUUUAUGUUCGUCAACUGGAUGCCGCUGAUUUGGCUGAGCAAGUACUUGUGCUGCACGAUCAAACUGGGCGUGUUGCUCAUGGGUUUAAGAGUUGAAUUCAAGAUAUUGACUCAUAAACUCGAACAAAUAACAAGAAAAGCUAAAACAUUUGAAUGUGUUGAGGACCAUUGCAAGUUCUUGAAAGAUGAACUAAGAGAGUUUCUAGAAAAGCAAGCAGAAUUUCGCAGAAAAUUUGAGUUGAUACGUCCAAUUCUGGGAAUGGCAUUUUUCAUGAUCUACUACUACUCGCUGUUCUUCAUCGGGACCAUGUUGUACGUUACUCAUCACCAAGGAUUCGAGUUCUAUUCACUUACGUUCGCAUCUUCAGUGUUGGUUACUCUUCUGGAAUGCUACUGGUGGUGUCAACUGGUCGAUUCUUUUCAGGAUGACGCAGAAUCCAUGGGAAACGAAUUGUUCGACCUGAGCGCUGGAAUUCCUUAUGCACGGGAGAAUCAUCGGAAGUACGUGGGAAUGAGAACCAGUUUGAUGAUUAUCUGGAUCAAUGCCCGUCAUAAUCCGGCUAUCGAUUGCGUGGGAAUAUUCACCGUGUCCACGGCGAUCUUUGUGCAAAUGUUAAACACCAGCUAUUCAGUGUUGAUGUUCCUCAUUAAUAUGGGUUGAAAGGAGGGUGUGGUGAUAAGACCAAGUAUGUUGGAGUCAGUUCGUUUGUUCAUCAGUGUUUUGUGAUAAUCUUUAAAACAUACGGUUGCAAGAACUUAUGGCCCAAUCUGUUGUUAAUAAGUGAAUUAUGUUUUUGAGCAAACUGUCCAACAUUAUAAGAUACAAAUCCUAUUGUAAACAACUCGUAAUCAAAUUUUUACAAUCACCAAUAAUUCGAUUUAUUGAUGUGAUAGAUGGAAAGCUUGAUGUUAUCGUAGUACAUAUACGUAAAGAUGACUAUUCAAUGUAUGGUGUUUGAAAUAUAUUGCUUUGCAAACUUUGCA